GACUGUUUAUCAUUUUUGAACGGAAAUGCAGUUGUGUCCCGAAUAACAAGAACCAACCCUUUAGCACAGUCACGGUCCACGGCGCCGGGUAUACAACAAAGUUGGUACUUUGCUGUUUGAUGUAACUUAUAUCAAACAUUUACCUCAGACAAAACAUUUAACUAGCCUGUGAUCUUAGACCAAAUGUCAUGAUCCAUUUCCUGAUGGUGGUCAGUAAGCAGGGAAAACCCCGCAUCAGCCGAUUCUUUACACGCCAGGACAACCAGGGCUCCACUCAGAAUGCUGUCAUUAAGCUUUGUCUGAGGGAUGGCAAUCAGGAGGGCUUUGUUAAUUAUGAAGACAUUGUUCUUGUCUACAAGCUGUACGUCAAUCUCUGGUUCAUAGCAGGAGUUUCUCAGGACGAGAAUGAGCUGGCCAUCUUGGAAUUAUUCCAGAAUUUAGUAGAGACAAUAAACGUAUACUUUGGAAAAGUGACUGAAGUGGAUAUAUUAUUUAACAUGGACCGUGUCUACAUGAUUAUUGAUGAGAUGAUAAUAAAUGGACACAUUGCUGAGACGUGUCGAGGGAGAAUUCUCGUGCCUCUACAGCUCAUGGAUGCUGCAAAGUAAUGAUGCUAACUGCUACCAAGUAACUAACCACUCUUGCCAAGAAACCAUCCCUGUUGCUUAGUAUGUUUAACUAUCAGUAGAGCCAAGUUACGGCUAGUCCUGAUUACUGUCAGUGCUGUUCAGUAACCAUCAGUUACAGCUGGACAUCAGUGCUGCGGAGUUACUACAAGUGGACGUUUUGGAGAGACAUAUUGAAGAGGGCAAAGCACAUUUAGUCUACAGAAAUAUGUCCGGUGGAAUCAGAUGUGCAUCUGUUGGUCAUCCAUGUUUAUAGUGACAGAUGUAGAGAGAUGAAAUGAAACUCCAAAAAAAUUUCUAAACUUCUGAAAUAAAAAAGGAAAUCUA